GCCUCGGGCAACAGGCGGCAACCUACCACUGGGGCAGGGGCCUCGGGCAACAGGCGGCAACCUACCACUGGGCAGGGGCCUCAGGGACUCAACAGGACUCUAGCUGUGGAGACUGGCCACAGCACAGCUCCCACCCAGCUUUCUAGGGUCAUUGGGUUCACGGGGACUCAACGGGUAGCGAUGGCUCAAGCACUCAGGGGCACCACAGGACACAGGUGGUCAGUGCACACAAAGCGGGGCAGUUCGGAACAUGGGUGGUUGGUGCACACAGCGGGGGGCAGUUCAGGACACACGUGGUUGGUGCACACACCGGGGACAGUUCAGAACACGGGUGGUCGGUGCACACAGCAGGCACAGUUCAGGACACAGGUGGUCGGUGCACACAGUAGGCACAGUUCAGUACACAGGUGGUCAGUGCGCACAACAGGGACAGUUCAGGACACGGGUGGUCGGUGCACACAGCGGGGACAGUUCAGAACACGGGUGGUCGGUGCACACAGCGGGGACAGUUCAGGACACUCACGGUAAGCAGCUGGCA